CAGGCUUGCUACAGGAAGUGGUAUAUCUAGUGAGUCAGGGAGCUGAUCCAGAUGAGAUUGGACUAAUGAAUAUAGAUGAACAACUUCCAGUCCUAGAGUACCCUCAGCCUGGUCUGGACAUCAUCAAGGAACUGACAUCUCCUCGCCUCAUAAAAAGCCACCUACCGUACCGUUUUUUGCCUUCGGACCUCCAUAAUGGCAAUUCCAAGGUAAUAUACAUGGCUCGCAACCCCAAAGACCUCGUGGUGUCUUAUUACCAGUUUCACCGCUCCCUAAGGACCAUGAGCUACAGAGGAACGUUUCAGGAGUUCUGCAGAAGGUUUAUGAAUGACAAGUUAGGAUACGGUUCGUGGUUUGAACAUGUGCAAGAGUUUUGGGAACAUCACAUGGAUGCCAAUGUACUUUUUCUCAAGUAUGAAGAUAUGCAUAAGGACCUAGCAACAAUGGUUGAGCAACUGGUGAGGUUCUUAGGAGUUUCUUAUGACAAAGCACAGUUGGAAUCCAUGGUGGAACACUGCCAUCAACUUAUUGAUCAGUGCUGUAAUGCAGAAGCUCUUCCCGUUGGCAGGGGACGAGUUGGGCUAUGGAAAGACAUCUUCACUGUCUCAAUGAAUGAGAAAUUUGAUUUAGUUUAUAAACAGAAGAUGGGAAAAUGUGACCUCACAUUUGAUUUUUAUUUAUAAAAAGUGCAUGCAAAUGAUAUCCAGAUAUAGCUAGAAGUGCUUUAUGCAUUCAUUUAUUACCUGCUGGACAAACUACUGUAGCUAUUAUGUGUAACAAGAUUUAAAGGAAGAAAAACAAUCUAAGUAAACCAUGUCAGAUACAAUUAUCUUUGAUCCUAAACAGCUGGUUAUCUUCUAGUAUUUAAAUCCUUUAUCCACAUGCAAGAAUUUCCUAGCCAAUACUAGAACAUUCAGCUGUUAUGGAAUGUAUUAUAUACGUAUAAGGUAUGUAUCAUAUAUGCAACUAGAAUGUACACCUUUUCAGCCCCACAUUGAUUCUUUAAUGUGUUUUAUAAAAGCUUGUCACUAGAACCUAAAUAAAUGUCCGUAAACCAAA